AUGAAACAGAUCACACUUGAAAAGCAGAGGAAUUUGGAAAAAGCAAAUAAAUAUGUCACUGGAACGUUAAGAAAUUUCCAAGUAGGCUUGGCAGAUAAGCAUAGCAGAGUUCAAAAGUUAAAUAGCCUUGAAAAAGAGAUCAACAAGAAGAAGGAAGAAAUUGGUCGAGAUCGUCAAGAAAUUGACAUCUUGAGACGAAAUAUUAAGACCAGGAGGCAGGUUUUACAGGAAUCGCUCGCUUAUUUUAAAAAGUACAAGUCACAUCAAGAGGCUCUGGUUGUGAAGGACGUGGAAAAUACCAAGGAGAGAAAGGUUUUGAUCGCAGAACUAGUUUCACUGUUCGACUUAAAGCAAGCAUCAUCAGACCCAUCGAAGCAUAGUAAGAAGGACGAUGCGACUGAAAUUAGUGAUGACGACGAUGAAUAUGCGAUAGCCGGGAUGAUACUACCGAAGGAAGCCAAUUUCAUCAGAUACCCUUAUGCGGACACGAAUGCAGCCGUCGGACACGUAAUACAUAUGCUGGGAUUGGUCGCUUAUUACCUCGGAGUUAAGCUACCAUUCGUGAUGGUCAAUAGGGGUUCCAAGUCGUACACCAAGGGAUCUGUGCCUGGAAUCCCAAUAAGUAAAAUGCCACUUGUGUUGAACGAUCACAAUUUGGAAGUUUUUACAGUCGGAAUGGCGAUGCUCAAUUAUAACAUCGCAUAUUUAUGUUACACCCAAGGCGUAGAGGUUGCCUUUCACAAAAUUCCUCAUACACUUCAAAACCUCUAUCUCUGCUGUCAGGCGCCAAAUCUCGGACGUUCGGGGCAUCUUACUGCUUUGAAUCGGAUCCUCGAUCAAUCUUUUAGCCUGGAUUUUGAGGAGGUGGUGCGUAUCAUGUUUGCACGGAGAAACGGAAAUGAAAUUAUGGACAGCAACAUCCCUGUUGUGUCCAUAAAUAAUUACAUCGAACAAGGUGCCGUAUCCUUCUAUCUCGUGAUUCUAAAAACGGGUGAUUCGUGCGUUCAUCAAUCAUUCAAAUUUACAGAUUUCGAAGAUGAAAAUGAUGAGGAUGGUGAUAACUGGGUCAUCUGUGACGAUACGACUUAG